GUGGGGAACAUGUGGGGGGAGGUUUGGCUCACUAUUUGCUCGAUGGUAGCCGCGGCCGUCGUAGUUUCGACAAUUCGGUAUUCUGAUCGGUUUUUACGGUGAUUGUUGUUAACAAAUUACGUUGUCAGCUUAACGAGCCUUAAGCAACAAAAAUAAAAAGCGUUCAUGUAAAAAAUAACAAGGAAAAGUGAACGAAACGGAAACACAAUGUUGAGCCUUUGCCGUCAAGCAUUAAUAGCUAACAGUCAAAAAGUUAGUUCAAGAUGUCUGGGAACAAUUGUGCCAGUACCUAAUCCUCCUGAAUUUCCUUUGGAAAAUGAACCUGUCCUUAGUUAUAAAAAGGGUAGCCCUGAAAGGGCUGAAUUGGAAAAAGCCUUGGAUAAAAUGGCUAAUGAAUGUGAAGAAGUACCAUUAGUUAUCGGUGAUGAAGAAAUUAAAACAGAUUUAUGUAGAUACCAAGUUAUGCCACAUAAUCAUAAGACAAAAAUAGCUAAAUAUCAUUGGGCAACACCUAAUCUAGUCAAGAAAGCAAUUGAUGUUGCUGUGAAAACCCAACGUGAAUGGGAAAAAUGUCCAAUUGAUAAACGUUUAGAAAUUUGGUUGAAGGCAGCUGAUUUAAUGGCAAACAAGUACAGACAACAAUUGAACGCUGCCACCAUGCUUGGUCAGAGUAAAACAGUUAUUCAAGCAGAGAUCGAUAGUGCAGCAGAAUUAAUUGAUUUCUUCAAAAUGCACGCAUACUUUGCUAAAGAUAGCCUGAAGUAUCAACCAAUUUCACCAAAUUCUAAAGAAACUUUGAACUCAAUGAGGUAUCGUGGAAUGGAUGGUUUUGUUGCAGCAGUAUCACCAUUUAACUUCACUGCCAUUGGUGGUAAUCUUGGUUACACCCCUGCUCUAAUGGGUAAUGCAGUUCUUUGGAAACCAUCUGAUACAGCCUUACUUUCUAAUUGGUGGAUCUUUAAGAUAUGUAGAGAAGCUGGUGUACCACCAGGUGUAGUCAAUUUUGUACCAUGUGAAGGUCCUGUUUUUGGAGAUACUAUCACUGCUUCUCCAUAUUUGUCUGGAAUUAAUUUCACAGGAUCAGUACCUACGUUUAACCGGUUAUGGAUGCAAGUCGGUCAAAACUUGGGAAAAUAUAAAAAUUAUCCAAAAUUAAUAGGUGAAUGCGGUGGGAAAAAUUAUCAUUUUGUACACCCAAGUGCAGAUGUAGAAUCAGUUGCCAAUGGGACUAUAAGAAGUGCAUUUGAAUUCAAUGGUCAGAAAUGUUCUGCUUGCAGUAGAAUGUAUGCACCAGAAUCUUUAUGGCCUAAGUUAAAGGAACGACUUCUAUCUAUUCGUGACAAACUAACAUUUGGAGACGUUAGAGAUUUCACUAUGUUCACCGGAGCCGUCAUAGAUGCUACUGCAUUCAAGAGAAUUUCUGGUUAUAUCGAUCAUGCGAAAAAAUCUUCAAACUUGGAAAUUAUUGGCGGUGGAAAAUGCAAUGAUUCGAAAGGAUACUUCAUUGAACCCACCAUAGUGGUAACAAAGGAUCCAAAAGAUAAGAUUAUGACUGAGGAAAUAUUUGGCCCUGUGUUAACAAUUUAUGUUUAUAAAGAUUCGAAGCUUGAUGAAGCUAUGAAACUUGUAGAAUCGUCAACACCUUAUGCUUUAACUGGAGCGAUAUUCGCACAAGAUGAAAACUGGGCGAGGAAGGCGCUUGAGGAGUUUAAAUAUACAGCUGGUAAUUUUUAUGUUAAUGACAAAUCGACUGGGUCAGUCGUUGGCCAACAACCAUUUGGCGGUAGUCGGAUGUCUGGUACAAACGAUAAAGCUGGCGGCCCUCACUAUGUCCUUCGUUGGGCAUCACCACAGUCGAUUAAAGAAACGUUUGUUCCACUGCGUGAAUAUGAAUAUCCAUACAUGAAAUCUUAGGUUUAAGUUAAUGGCGUACAUUAAUCCUCUAUUACAAAAUGAAAAAAUGCCGUUGUUCAUAGAUAAUCGAUACGAUCGAUGAAGUAUCCUGAUGCAUUUUGUUUUACGUGGAUUUAUCGCGUAAAAGUGGCGCUAUUUGCACUUAUGAUGCAAGUGACUCGCGCUUCGUAGGAAUUUGUAUUAUAUCAAAUAAGAUGCUUAUACACACGAUCACUGGUGAUCAAGACACUUGAUUUAUAUGGAUAGAGCGUUCAGCGAUUGGUAUUUAUUCAUACCAAUUGAUUAGUAUUUUUGUUUGGACAUUAAAAAAAGUUACCGUCUGAUCAAUUGACAUCACUGGAUGAGUAUUACAUACUUGUGAAUCACAUUCAAAGCUGCAACAUAAGUUCACAUUAUUUGCUCUGAAUAGAUGAGAAUAAUAUUAUAUAACUUGCAGCAUAGAGUCAAUAUUGUUAAGAUCAAUUUUUAGUACAAUAUUUUAAUAUCUCAGGAAUAUGUGUAUACAUGGUUACAGGUAGAGAGGCAUUUGAUUUUUCGGUCAUAGUUUGAAAUAUGAAUAUCCUGAAUAAACUGUAUAAGGCGAAUUAAGAAGCAAAACAUCCUGGAUGUAUCUGGGAAUUGUGAUGAAUGCGUACUAUAUAGUUAGGAAAACCAUAAAGUUGUGUUUUUCUGACCUUGCCCUUUUUAUAUUCUUACACGGAUCGUUUACGCGCGGCCGAUGUUGUGCCGUCGUAUAUGUGCAGUCCGAUUCAUUUUGUGUGUAAUUCAUGAAGUAACAUGUACAGUGAGUCAAAAGAAUAUUUGUACAGUAUCAGUUUCCUCGUAGUGAUUUUAUAUAAAGAAAUACCAUAUUAAUAUAAUCUGGAUUGUUUAGUACUUCAUUAUAAAAACAGAAUAAUAUAUUCGUUUAAAAAAAUUAAUAAUUUAUUAUUCAAAAGUUAUACACAAACAACGAAAAUCUCGUGGCUAAAAAAAAGGGAUUUUUACAAUGUUAAUCGGUCUAAUAAUCGUAUAUUUAAUAGUGAUGUGUUAUAAAAAUAGCAACAAAAUAUCCAUUAUAAGUGUUAUAUGUAUAUUUAUUAAUAUUGCAUCAUUAUCUAGAGGGUAUGUUAUGUACUUUGGAAUUACCCUUUAUCGGUAUGUAUGGUAGAGUAAUUAGAAGUGUUAGAAGCGUCAUUCAUUAAUUAUAUGAAUACAGAUAAAACGGUUGAAGUAUGUGAAUGUAAAUUUACAAAAAGCAACAAAUUUUUGGAAAGAUGUGGCAAUGGAGAGUACUUUGUGAAAAUUUAUAAAUCAUAAAUAAAUUUAUCAUAUGGUAACGAUUUCUUAUGGUAAGACUCCUUAA